GGUGGGGAGCAAUUGCAGUAGAAAUAGUCCAAACGGUGGAAGCUUGUUCCCACAACACGACCAUGGCCCAAGCUCUUGGGUGGCUGCUGCUGCUGCUCUUCUGUUCUUCUGCUCAGAGUUUUCUCUGGAGACGGACUCGUGGUGCCCAUCAGACAAAAGUGAUGUACCCUAAUUUUUCCUUCCAGCAAAAAUUGGACCAUUUUAGCAAAACUUUUACACGGUUAUGGCCACAGAGAUAUUUCAUUAAUGAUGCCUUCUACAAACCUGGAGGGCCAGUCUUUCUGAUGGUUGGAGGGGUGUGGACUGCCAGUGAAUCCUGGCUAUCAAUAAAUAAAACCUGGGUUACAUAUGCUCAGAGAUUGGGCGCGCUCUUCUUACUUCUGGAACACAGGUUUUAUGGAUACAGCCAACCAACAGGAGAUCUGAGUACUGCCAGCCUCCAGUACCUCAGCAGCAGGCAAGCUUUGGCUGACAUUGCGAACUUCCGAACUCAAAUAGCAGAAAAAAUGGGACUCACCGAAAAUAAGUGGGUUGCAUUUGGCUGCUCUUCUGCUGGCUCCCUUGCAGUGUGGUCGAGAAUAAAACACCCUGAAUUGUUUGCUGCAGCAGUGGGCAGCAGUGCACCGAUCCAAGCAAAAGCUAAUUUUUAUGAGUACCUUGAAAUUGUUCAAAGAUCUCUGGCCACUCAUAACAGCAACUGUUUUCAGGCAGUGAAAGAGGCUUUUGGUCAAAUUGUGAAGAUGCUGAACCUUCCAAGAUACUACGGAAAACUUGAAAAUGAUUUCAAGUGGGGUACAUUGUGCAGAUGUGUUCGAACAAAAGGAUACUGAUUCAGCUGAACUAAUUCAAGCACUAGAAAAAAUCUUCCGGAUUCUACGAAAAUGGCUAAAGAAAUAGAUCUCUCUGAGAAAGAAGAGCAACAGAACCUGCAAUGUGGACUCCCAUUUUAUUGCUCAAAUGCUAAAUCUCCUACAAGGGUGAAAUUAGAGCAAUCUCAAAAGCCUAAUUCCUCUCUGUAGGAUUUAGGUUGGUUUUGUUUUCAUGGACUAUCAUCUUGUUCCUCCUUUCUUGGUGACCUUGAGAAGGAGCAGAUCAUCCAGCACACAAGAAA